ACAGCCAAGUACAACUAGGCGUAUACUUGAUUUACUUGCUCGAUAAAAACUAGACACGUCUAUCAGCAAUGGCGGAGAACAAAAUACCCGAGUGGAUUAAUGCGGAACUCUUCGAGGAUGUGCUCAAAUCGAGUGUGGAGGGAUACUCCAAGGUCAGUACUUUUAAGGCGGAAAUGGGAUCUACGGCAGGAGAGAACUAUGCCACCAUCAUGCUGCGGGUACACAUCGAGGUGGAGCUCAAGGAUGGCAAAACCAAAAAGGUAUCGUACAUGGUCAAGUUACCGCAUCUGAACGAAAGCUACAAAGAGAUGUUGGAGCAUACGAAUAUCUUCGACAUCGAGCGCACCAUGUACAGUGAGGUUGUGCCCGAGAUGGAGGCACUUUACAAGGAAGCCGGAGUAGACAUACGAUUUGGAGCCAAGAGCUACGAUUUCAAAAACGCAGAGACAGACUAUGUGGUCCUGGAAGAUUUGGGCAUCAAGGGAUUCAAGAAUGCCAACCGGCUCGAAGGCCUGGAUCAAGCUCACACAGAGAGAGUGCUCCUCAAGCUGGCCCAGUGGCAUGCAGCUUCCGCGGUGCGAGUGGCCACCAAGGGUCUGUAUCCGGAAAUAGUGCUUCAAGGUUACUUUAAGGAAGAAAGCCGUCCGAUGAUGGGUGCGAUGUUGGACGGAAUGGGAACGCGGUUCAUCACAAGCUGUGCCACCUACGAAAACAACGAGCUGUACAUUGACAAAGUCAAAGCUCUCAAGCCCGUGUAUGUCGACAAAUGUUUUGAGUUCGCUAAGGUCGAUCCCAACGAGUUCAAUGUGUUGAACCACGGCGAUUCCUGGUCAAACAACAUCAUGUUCCAGUACGAUGCCUUUGGCAAGAUCAAGGAGGUCUAUAUGGUCGACUACCAGAUCCCCAAGUACGGAACCGUGGCCCAGGACUUACUUUACUUCCUGCUGUCUUCCACCAAGCUGGAGGAUAAGCUUUCCAAGUUCGAUUAUUACAUUAAGGUGUACCACGAUAAUCUGGUGGAGCAUCUGAAGAUUCUAAAGUACACAAAGCCCAUUCCUAGUCUUCGUGAUAUUCACUUGGCACUCUUCAAAUAUGGAUUUUUCGGUUACACCGUGGCCAUUGGCGUGAUGGCCAUUGUUCUCCUGGAGCCCACAGACGUUGCCAGCUUUGAGAACUUCGUAAGCGACACUGACGCCGGAGUGGACUUCCAGAUGCAGCUCUUCAACAGUCCCCGGUACCGCAAACAUAUCCAGGCUGUCCUGCCUUGGCUGCUCAAUCGCGGCGCCUUGGAUAUUAAUUAGAAUACUUAAAUAAACAAAUUUCUUAGUUUGCCCAACAAAAAUGUGUAAUUUGAGUCAUAACUUAUUGAGCUGAUAAGGGUAUCUGUAUCUAUUCGAUGUCAAUUAGACCUACAGAUUUCAAAAAUUUACACAAUAAACCUAUGAAUUAAGUCAGAA